CUUCUCCCCCUGCGCCUUCUUCCCGAGUGCCGCCGCGGAGGCUGGGUCGGGCGGCGGCGGGGCCCCGGCGGCGGCGGGAGCGGCGGUGGCCGGGCCCGGGUGGCUGCGCCGAGGCGGGCCGGGCCCGGGCGAUGGAGACGCACAUCUCGUGCCUGUUCCCGGAGCUGCUGGCCAUGAUCUUCGGCUACCUGGAGGUGCGGGACAAGGGCCGGGUGGCGCAGGUGUGCACGGCCUGGCGCGACGCCGCCUACCACCGCUCGGUGUGGCGGGGCGUGGAAGCCAAGCUGCACCUGCGGCGGGCCAACCCCUCGCUCUUCCCCAGCCUGGCGGCGCGGGGCAUCCGGCGGGUGCAGAUCCUGUCGCUGCGGCGCAGCCUGAGCUACGUGAUCCAGGGCAUGGCGGAGAUCGAGAGCCUCAACCUGAGCGGCUGCUACAACCUCACCGACAACGGCCUGGGCCACGCCUUCGUGGCCGAGAUCGGCUCGCUGCGGGCGCUCAACCUGAGCCUGUGCAAGCAGAUUACCGACAGCAGCCUGGGCCGCAUUGCCCAGUACCUCAAGGGCCUGGAGGUGCUGGAGCUGGGCGGCUGCAGCAACAUCACCAACACGGGCCUCUUGCUCAUCGCCUGGGGCCUGCAGCGCCUCAAGAGCCUCAACUUGCGCUCCUGCCGACACCUCUCGGACGUGGGCAUUGGGCACUUGGCAGGCAUGACACGCAGCGCGGCGGAGGGCUGCCUGGGCUUGGAGCAACUCACGUUGCAGGACUGCCAGAAGCUCAGCGACCUCUCACUCAAGCAUCUGGCCCGAGGACUGACUCGCCUGCGCCAGCUCAACCUCAGCUUUUGUGGGGGGAUCUCGGAUGCGGGACUGCUGUACCUGUCGCACAUGAGCAGCCUGCGCACCCUCAACCUGCGCUCCUGCGACAACAUCAGUGACACGGGCAUCAUGCACCUGGCGAUGGGCAGUUUGCGCCUCUCUGGCUUGGAUGUGUCUUUCUGUGACAAAGUGGGAGACCAAAGCCUGGCCUAUAUUGCACAGGGCCUGGAUGGGUUGCGCUCACUCUCCCUUUGCUCCUGCCACAUUAGCGACGAGGGCAUCAACCGCAUGGUGCGCCAAAUGCACGGACUGCGCACUCUCAACAUUGGCCAGUGUGUCCGGAUCACCGACAAGGGCUUGGAGCUUAUUGCCGAGCACCUCAGCCAGCUGACUGGCAUUGACCUCUAUGGCUGCACCCGCAUCACAAAACGGGGCCUUGAGCGCAUCACUCAACUUCCCUGCCUCAAGGUGCUCAACUUAGGACUCUGGCAAAUGACUGAGAGCGAGAAGGUCAGGUGAGAGGAGGGGUCAGCCUGGAGACCCCCGCUCUUCUGGAAGGACUUACCGACUGACUGCUGCAGUAGAGGGGGGGGGAUGCGCCUCCAGCACUGGAGGGAGGGAGGGGAAAGUAUCCUCAGUACUUGCUUGCCUGCCUGCCCUGACCUGCCCCAGCAGUGGGGGUGGGAAAGAGGGAAACUACCAUUCUUUCAUAAUUCCCUCUCCUGCACUGGAGGGAGACAACUGCACUCUAUAUCAGCCUUCACUGUGGAUGGAUACAGUAUCACUGCCCUUAUCUUUUCUAUUGGGAAUGCAGCUUCUCAAUCUUUUAUGCACUGGGGAUGAAUAUAGCCCCUUUCUCCAAAUCUGAUUCCACCCCCCCUCUGCACUAGGGAUGGAAGAAGAAAACUUAACUUAGCCCGCUAUUGUUUUAACUCCCCAACUGCUCUUUAUUGGGCAAGCACAUAAGUCUCUUUCUUUACCAACCCUUUCCCAUUAUGCUCGUGCACCAACUCGCACUAUGCUACAUGUAGUCCGCCACCCCAUUCUUUCUUCAACUUAGACAGCCUGUAGAUAUUGUUCUACCUCUCUUCAUCUUUUUCCAGAUACUGGGCCGGAACUAUUCUCCUCCCCCACAAAAAUCUGGAGGCUAGAAACAGGGAUGCCCUUUACACUUAUCUCUCCUAGAGCAGGUGAUGUUUCUUUGACACUGCACUAAUUGGAGCAUCAACUGAAAUGCAGUCAUUCUGCGCACUGUUGCUUGGGGAGGGCAGUGGGGGCAUCAAACCACAGUUAUUCUUUGUCAGCUCCAUUUUAUGCUGUAUCCAACGUACUCCAUCACUAUCUUUCCUUUACUGUUCAUUAAGAAUAACUUGAUUCUCUGCAGAGGUCACCUUUUACAAACAGUUAGGAUCCUCCCUUGUCAUUUCCUUCCUCUUUCCUUCCAUCUUUUUUCUUUAUAGUUCAGAUACCACAUAGCCUGCCAUUUGGAAGGUGAGUGGGAGGGUUGGAACAAUUGAAUCCUCACUUGUACUUUCAUUAGACAAACUGUGACCUGCUUUUUUUUAAAAUUUGAACUACAUAACAAAAAAGACCCCUACCACAGAACACCCUUUCAUAAGCUUGACUAAGCUCACCUUUUAAAAUUCAUUUCUUCUCUUUGGUGUUCCUUUUCUUACAUGGUAUAAUUUUGAAAGACAUUUGAAGUGGCUGUCCUUGUGAAUUUUAAGUACACUUUUUUCUGCUGAAUAUAUUCUCUCUAUAUAAAUGUUUGGCUACCUCGUUUUUUUUGCCCCCUCCCCCCCAAAUUUUUUUUCAAGAAAGAUGUUGAGACUGAAAUACUUUUGUGCCUAGACUGGAAAGAUGUUAUCCCUUGGGUUUGUGAUUGGGGGUGGGUGGGGGGGUAGAGAAAGGAUGGUUCCCCUGGGUGUCCCACCUACACUAUCUUUGUGCCUCUCACUCCCUGUCUAAAGUUUUUGGGAACCCAACAGUGCUUUUUGCAUGUUUGUUCUUCUAGCACAAACAAGUGUAGCGUGAACAUCCAAACUGAUUAUUGGGUUUAUGUUUAAAAGAAAUGUGAAAUAGAAACUCAGUUUCUUAAAUAUAUAUGCAAAUUCCCACCUACCCUUCUCUCAAAUUACCUAGGUCAAGUACCAGGCUUCCUGCGUGGAAGCAGAAAAGAGGUGCCGAACAGGCUGACUUGCUGUUGUAACAAGAAUAGAAGUCCAAUUUCAUCUCUGUGUUUCUGUUCAGCCAUUAAAAUAAAGCUAGUUCUUGACUACUUGUCUUUAAAAGGAGGAAGAGGACAGUGUUGAAGAAAACACAAAGGAUGAUGGGGGGAAAGAAGUGGUAGUUGUGCAGAUUUUCAAAUCCUCCACAGUUGCAGGCCAUGGAAUUUAGACAAGCUCAGACACGUAACCCCAUCAUGGAUUAAAUGUACUGUUUGUGAAUUUGUAUAAAAACAAAGAUCCUCUUAAAACAUUUUAUAUUCUUACAGUAAAAGGUUAAACUGAUAUUUAUAUAAUAAAAAA